CCCUGUAGUAUUAUACAGUGCAAAGUAUCCAUGGUUACAGUAGUACAAACCGGUACGAUCAGUACAACUCGAUACUGUGUCCAUACAGUGCUUUGCUCCUGCUGCCGUCGAUUGAUUGCACAACCUGCCAGGUUUGGUCACGAACAAGUCAGCUGGACGAUUGCACCAUGCACCUCCUCCUCCCAUCACCCCCGAUUCUUGUCCAGACAGAAAGCCUCUUGUACAACGCGAGUCUUGACUCCGGACUUCCAGGCAGAGGCAGCCUAGCCGACGUUAAUUGGCAAUUUGGCACCCAAAGACGACACCAUGCCCAGGUGCCCUUGACUGGUGUCGUUGAGACGGGGUUCUGCCAGCAAUUUGAUUUGGUCUUCGGGUU